AAUCAGUUCACCUACGAGUACACCAUCGAUGGUAUCCGCGAACGCAAUCAUCACCUCAUAAAGAGUGGUGUCUUUCACGCCGAUGAGAGCUCUUGGAGUCUAAUCAUAGCGCCUAUAGUGAAGAACAUCACCGACGGGAACGAGUAUUUGGGCGUCUUCUUGAACCGGGAGUCGGGCGACAAAGCCGUGUGGGCUAAGUAUACCUUCGCGUUACACAACUGGUCCACCGGUGAGAAGUACAACGCGAAGACCAACUCGUGUUUCUUUAACCAAAACAACGGCCAACGGAUCAACGGUGUGAUCAAUGGCGGCGCCGCCGGUGUGUUGAGUGGCGGAAAUAAUGGCGGACAUCAACGCCAGAGAUCUGCUGGUCAUCCGUGGUCUCCAUUGAGCGGUGAUAUUGCCUUAAAUUCCAGUAAUUACGAAAUGAUUCGCUUCGAGUUCUCUUCGCCGCCCAAUCCGUUGCUGUCGUCGUCCGCGAGAGACGCCAACAGAAGUGUUGUCCAACUGAGCAACAAAUCCUCUGGAAUUAAGUCAUACAUACCCAGAGACACGCUCUUCGACGCCGACAAUCAUUUGGUGGACAGCAAUAAGAUUACCGUUUUCUGUGAGAUCUGUUUGUACACAAUAGUGGAUCCGUUGGAACCGUUAGACCGAUUCGAUCUGAAUCUGUCGGCCAACUAUACGGCGCUGCAAAAAGAGGGCAAAUUCUCGGACGUGAAGAUCGUGGUGGAGGGCCGAGAGCUUCGGGCGCACAAAGCUAUACUGUCCGCGCGGUCGCCCGUAUUCAACGCUAUGUUGACGUCGGAUAUGCGCGAGUGUCGCGAGAAUGCCAUCGAAAUACCCGACAUUAGACCGGAUGUGAUGGAAGAGUUGCUGACAUUCAUCUAUUCGGGAAAAGCGCCGAAUCUGUCAAAAGUGUCGAAAGAGCUGCUGUCGGCGGCCGACAAGUAUGAGUUGCCACACCUGAGCGAACUCUGCGAAAAGCAUCUCAUGUCCAGUCUUAGCGUGGAGUCGGCCCCAGAGAUACUGGUCCUCUCACACCUGCAUAAGGCAUCCAAACUGAAGUCAGUGACCGUUGAGUUCAUUAUCGCUAACCGUAAAGAAGUGAUGAAAUCCGAUAAUUGGGAUCUCAUUCGCGCCGAACCCUAUCUUCUCGAAGAACUCUUCACC